UAUCACCAGUUCACCUCAGCUAAUGACUGCGUGGGCCGUCUCAACCGGUGCUCAUUUACCUGCUGCAGUUCAGGAGCAGAAGAAGUGUGACGGACAGAGGGCAAACGUGUGGAGAUGAAUCUAUACAGGAGCUUUGGAAACCUCAUGGAGGCCUGGGUGUCUGAAGGAGGCCAGUGUUCGGACCCAGAAUGGCCUGAAAAUAAUGAGGAAGACUCUCCUACACCUUCCUCUGACAUGGGGACCAACCUGCGCUCAGAAUCGGUGGACUCUGGAGUGGAGACAGCCAGCUCUAACUUGUCCUUUCUCGCUACAUCCUGCUCCAUCUCAAGGGAUAAUGCAGAAAUAGACACAUUUACACCAGAAGGGGAAGACCACAGACUCACUCCAGCCUCAACAUCACAGUCUCCUGUGCCUUCCUUAUCCUCCUCUUCCUCCAUGCGCCUCUGUCCCAGCAGAGCUCAGGGGGGCUACACUGCCUUGAGUCAAAAACUGGAGGAAGCAUUACAGAGAACUGAGUCUAAACACCUGAAGGACAAGCCAGAGCCCAUCACUGUGGGUGAGGUGCUCAGACGACAACCUGGAGCAUCUUUUCUACCAAAACGGCACACAUCGGAGUUAGUGAGGGGUCAAAGGUCGGCGAGUUUUAGCCUGAGCAGGACAGUCAACCCAUCAGUGCCUACAAGGCAGUUGUGCAGACGACCAAUGUCUAUGAUUUGUAACAGGCAGCCAGCUCAGACAAGAUUGGAGGACCUUGGUGAGGAGGAGGGGAAAGGACUGAGUCCCGGGCUCUGCUACUUGGAGCAGGUGUGCCAAAUGUUAGAGGAAAUUGCCAGAAAACAGAUGCACAACCAAGCGUUGCAGAUGGAGACGAAUGCCCUGCGGGAGCAUCAAGACAUGGAGGCUCUCGACGGCCAUCAGAGUGACUCUAAAGCUACUGAAGACGUCCCCUCUUCUUGUCGAAGGCUUGAAGAGACAGAAAGUGCAGAGCCCAGUUCCAGUGAACCACAGCAACAGAAAGAUUAUCCUCAAAGGCAUUUUCGACAGCGAUCAUCUUCAGACGCACCUAUUACAACACUGCAUUUAAGAAAGUUGAAUUCAGACUGCAGAGGGCAGCAUCUGAGUACAGAUGACCUGCUGCAGAAAACAGAGGACGACCAUGAAAAACAGGAGUGUACAAAAGAGAAGAUGACUAAAACUAACAAGAACUGGAAGUUAAGAUUUGGGUCUUUAGGAAGAGAGGAGUCUGCUGGGCGAGAUGUAAAGAGCCAACAGAUGCAGUCAUCUGAGAGAAACUCAGCCCGGCGACGGUUCAGCCAGCUGUUCAGGAGGACCAGGAGGAAAACUCUGCCUGUAUAAACCAUGAUGGACAUUUUUGUUUCAGCAGUGACGAGGAGAAGGCUUUUCUUUGAAAGUCUGAGCACUGUUGCUGCUUUCAGACUUCUUAUUCAGCCCAUGUAAUGCUGCUAUGUUUAUUUAUUGUCUGCUAUACUUGCCAAUAUUAUUUAUACUGAUGUAAAGUACGAUUUUCAAAGGAAAUUGUAAAGGGCAAUGGAGUUUA